UCCCAAAUCCGUUAAUCAUAAAUAAGUAACGUCACUCGCAUCUAACCUGAAAAAAGGAUCUGCUCAAGUAUACGUUUAACAACAUUACAUUUUGAAAUUUAAUUGUGAGCAUUCAUCGACAUUUAAAAAGCCGCAGGUGAUCAGCAAGCACGGCUAGCAAUGAACGAGCGCCCGAAGGACACUGAGGCGAACCUCCGUUUCCUCGACUGGAACCACAAGUGCACCCUGACUUUCACCCUGCACCAGCCCGAAACUGAGAAAUUUACUGCAAUCAAUGACAAUGUCUAUGUCGUGCGACAAAUGACCGAAAACGUGGAUGCGCUGCUCAAGCACACCGCGAACAAGGUGCAGAAUGUGCUGGAGAAUCAUCUCAAAAAGGAUGAAGACAAAGAAAAUCAAACGCAAAUAGAUUUAGGUAUUGCUUUAAAAAACAAAAACAAACCAAUCAAUGGUGGCACCGAGCUCACCAACAUACAGAAGUUUAAACAUAUGACAUUUUCAAUACUGAAUUGCAUGUUUAAAGUCAUUGUAAAUGCACCAUUGAUUGAAAAUAUUAAAUUACCAGAGGUGAUUUACACUGGGCAUGCUGUACAGCCAGCGUUAUUGAAAGCAAUACUUGCAAAUCAUGAAAAAUCCAAGUAUUUCUGGUAUAAAUCAAAAGAUAAAGAGCAUUGGGAGUUGAUAGGCUCAGAUUAUCAUUAUAAUGUUGCCGAGGAUGAUGUUGGGUAUUAUCUCAAGUUCAAAUGUUUGCCGAUUAAUAUCUACAGUCAAGGCGAGCCAUUUGAAGUGGAGUCGAGUGGAAUUGUUAGCAGAGUACCAGAAGUGCCUUAUUGCCCGUUUCAAGAUCGACAGAAAGAAACGCCAAGGUUUUUAACAGGCAAUCAAUUUCGUGUUGUUUCUUACAAUACGCUUUCAUGCCGCUACGCAAAUGAUCAAUAUAACUAUUGCCCGAUUGAAUAUCUAGCGAUUGAUUACCGUAAACAAUUGCUGCUGAAAGAAAUGUUUGGCUACAACGCAGAUGUGCUGUGCUGUCAGGAAGUGGAUAAUAAAAUCUAUUCGUUCUACUUUCGGCCGGAGUUUCAUAAAAUUAACUAUGGUAGUAUUUACAAUAAGAAAGGCAAUCGGAUUCCGGAGGGUUUAGCGAUAUUUUACAACAAAAGUCGUUUCAGUUUUGCCGACCAGGGCCAGAUAGUAUUCAAUUUGGAGAUAAAAACAAACAGAACGAUGCGUAACAUCAUGAGAAUCAUCGAGAAUGACGACGAAGCGUACGAUACUUUCAUGAAACAACCGUCAUCGAUGCAGUUUAUUCUCUUGAAGAGCAAGAAUAGUAAUCAGACGGUGAUUCUUGCAAAUACUCAUUUGUAUUAUCAUCCGGACGCGAAUAAUAUUCGAUUACUGCAAACUGCUGUAUGUUUGGAGUUUUUACGAGGAUUACAUCAAAAAGAAAUGAAAAAAAACACUAAUGUAUCCCUGCUGUUCUGUGGAGAUCUAAACAGCAAGCCUGAGUCUGACGUGUACAAAUUCAUCACUGAGGGAGCAAUUCAGUACACCAGCAAGUCUUUCAGCACUACACUUUUCAUCCCUUUCAGUUUACUUCCGCCUGCGGUACGCCGAAGUUCACCAACUAUGUGGAAGACUUUAAGGCUUGCUUAGACUACAUUUUCUAUACGAAUACGACGACAUGCUUAGGCCAUGUGUCUUUUCCGAGUGAGGAAGUCCUUUCAAAGAACACCGCGCUGCCCAGCCAUGUUUUUCCAUCGGAUCACAUCGCGCUCAUUGCGGAUCUGCAGUUUAAUUAACUGUUAUUGUUCCAAACAAGUAAAUAAAUUUAUUCAUUUUUA